AUGAAAGAAGGAAGGAACCUGAUAGAGAUUGUGGUAGAUGAAAUGGCGUUCCAGGAGAAGAAUGUGACGGUGAAGAAGAGAUUGAAGGGUAGCGGCUUCGGCGAUGCUGCAACCGAUAAGAAAGAAGAUAAUCAAAGAAGAAAGGUUAUAUACGAGCCAAACAAAGAAGAAUUUGUUGACAUUUUUGUUAUAGACUUGCGAAAUAUCGUUGAACAAGAAUAA